AUGGCUCCGACCUUCACUGCGCCGGAUCGCCGGAAGAAGAUCGUCACGUAUGGGAAAUCAUCGCGUCUUCCGUCAGCAAAGACACCUGCGCCUGCACCGAGCAAUGACGCGCCCUCUCCCGAACGACCGCGCAAACAAUCGACAGUCCCGCACGUGUCUCUGAGCAAAGAUGAGGGGGUGACCAGUGCAAAGCUUUCCAAGCCUGCUGCACGCGACACGCCAGCGCCAGCGCCAUUGGACAUAUUCGACGUGCCCUCGGACGACGAAUUUGCUGCAUUUGCACCGACAACUACGAAGAAGCCUCUUGCGAAGCGUCGGACCCCCGAAAUACGGACCAAGGCCCCUGCUACCAAUGGCAAAACAAAAGAGCCCAGCCGACAGACAGAGAAGACGCUGAAGACCUCGCAUGCGGUCGAGCCAGUCAAGCCGACAGUCUCGUCCGCGGCAAAGAAGUCGGAGGAACCAAUGCAGUCCUCUAGGGCACCGCCAGUGCCGGCUGCACAAGCACCGAGGCGCGGGAAGACACCGCAACCAGCAUCGACUCUUGAAAAAGAUGGUGGGAAUGAGCAGUCCUCGCAACCGACAAUUGCGAAGGUCAAGACCAAGCCAGUUGCCCAACCGAAGAAGCCCACAGUACUGCAACCGCCAGCGCAACAAGCUACCAAGGAAAAACCUGCAUUGCCUGCCAGGAGUGGAGCGGCGAAAACGUCGAAUAAGCCGCCCCGAGAUCUCGACGUCUUUGACAUGCCCCCUUCGGACGACGAGUCGCACCUACCCACUCCCAAACCAUUGAGACGAGUUCCGCCAGUGGCCCGCAAAGAGCCGGCGCCGUCGACAAAAGCGCCUUCAGGCGACGCUGGCAAAGAGCAGACUGGAUCGGACUCCUCAGCGGCUGCGAAGAAGCGAAAGCGACGAGGCUCUCCUUCAUCUACAUCAGCAGUGAAACAGCCGGGCGUGCAGAGGACUGAGCAAUCACAACCUCUGCGCCGCGCCAAGUCCCAGAAGCAGACAGACACUACUUCCCCUGGGCGCGAGCCGUCCCUUGUCUCUUCUGCAGUCACAGCAAUUGCCACUCAACCUGCAGCGCCCCUCGCCGACAAGCCACGAAGGGCGCGCACGCGCACAGUUCCGUUGCUCUCGUCACAUUCAAGCGCGAAGACACAAUCCUCACCAGCCACGCUGCACAGCAUGGUGCCCAAGACCGCUGCAUCAAUGACUUCUCCCAUCGCUGAGAUGCCAGAAGCAACAUCACUGGAGGACGAAACCAUGUAUGAGAUUCCGGCAUCGAUUGUCACACCUGCUCGACCUUCCUCCAAUAGCAUAUCUGGUUCAGUCACUCCCCGCCAGAAAGCUCUCUUUGGUAGCCUGCUUGGUGCAUCUUCUACUCCUUCGAUGCCAAGCAUUUCAAAACUACAAUUGGCCGACUCAAAACCGAAGUCGCUGCUGGCGGGCCUGUCCAAGUCCAAAUCUGACCUUGGCCACAGCGCACAUGCAAAGAAAACGAGGCUCAUUGCAAAGCUGAAGCCUGAAAACGACAGUUCGGACGAGGAAGCCAGCGACAGCGAAAGCGAUAGCGAAAGUGAAGCUGGCGCCAAAGCAGUACCACAGCCACGCACAAUGCACAAGCAGCAGAGAAAGGCAGUCCCCAAUGAUAUCAGCAGAUCGAAUACUCUCAACGUAUCGGAUGAAAUGGAUCUGGAUGAUGAGGUCGUGGCAAAUACUCAGACAUCCCAGACAACCGGUUUUGGCCAUCGACCGAAGUUCACAUACGCCACUCAACGCUCCUACUUGCAGGAGGCCAACCCCGAUGAUGAGUUUUUCAUGUCAAUGGAUAUGGAUGACCCGAUAGCUACGGCUUCGCAAUCAAGAGAUAGCCAGACUGAAGAUGAAGAGGAUGCGAGUCAGGCUCGAGGCAUGCACGAGCUCAGAAGACAGGGCCAAAAUGACGGCUUUGAGCUGGAGAACAUGAUGUUGAUUGACGACAUGUCUGUCAAGUCGACAAGCAGUAUUCGCCGCACUGCGUUGUUGGAGCUCUGCGGCAAGAUGGCUAAUCCUACGUUUACUCAUUCGCUGAUGGAGUCUUCCUUGGCUCAACAGUUUUUGAAGCACCUAGCCUCGAAUGGCGAAAUCGCCUUCGACUUUGCUGCGGUUUUAGCUACAGUUUUCAUGCUCAAGGCCAACCCUACGUUCAUUGUCUUGGACCAAAUACGUCAUUCUGGGCUUCUAUCUUCGUUGGAGAAGCUCAUAGACAACGAGAACGACAUUCAGAAGAUCGCGAAGAACCGCAAGACGAACUUGUCGAAAAUUGCAUACGAGUCCGUAGUUGAUUUGCGCUCCACAGCCUUGGCUAGCAAAAUCUGGUCACCAUUGCAGCCGGAGAUGUUAUCACCGCAGCUUGUCGCACUCAAAGCUUUAGACAUGCUGGUCCUUGGACUUCGAGAAGUUGGCGACAAGGACGCAAUCAUUACCUCAGAGAUCCUUACCAAGUUGAUAGACUUGGCGAACAGUAUUACAGAACGCUAUACGGCGGGCAAAGGAGCAACGGACGACAAAAUCGUCAUUUCCUCUAUCUUCUCAACGUUGGAGGCCGUCUCUUUGGCGAAACAAAAGCAGCUUGCCUGGUCAGCUCGCAUGAUGCAACGUCUUGCAGCAUCGAUGGCAUAUACCUUCCAGACUACUGGAGAAUUCGGCUUAGUCACAAUGGCCGUAAAGCUCUGCAUGAAUCUGACGAACAACAAACCAAAGGCCUGUCAGCAGUUCUCUGGGUCGGUGUUCGUUCAGGCUCUCACACAGUCAAUCGUGGACCUGGCAGAGCUCCUACAACAAAGUCUUGAAGCGGAUGAACGCACCGAAGUAUUGGACACGCUCAUUUUGAGCCUAGGCGCCAUGAUCAACCUUACCGAACAUAGUGAUCAGGCGAGACUGAACGUCGAUAACGGCAUAGACUUGCUUGAGAGACUUGUCGAGACUUUUGUGGAGGGUUCAGCCAAAACUACACAGGCCAAUUCCAUGGAAGAGUCUCAGUCUAGUGUAGCAGUCGGCUAUCUCAGUGUUCUCGUUGGCAACUUGUGUCUAAACGAAACCAUCAAGACCAAGGUUCGCGCGCAACUACCGGGAGGCGAACUGACAACGCUUGUCGACAAGAUCAAGGAGUUUGUACGGGUCCACGAACACGCCAAUCGUAAAGCAAAGCAAUACGAAGGCGAAGAGGGCCAAGAAACCUGGCAAAAUUACACGGCGCGUAUUAUGCUCGUUGUUGAGCAGCUGGAAAUGACGGGACACUGA